AUGACCGACGACGACACCGUCUUCCGCACCCACCGCCCCGGCGACAUCGGCUACAUCGUCCAUCGCCACGGCGUCCUCUACGCCGCCCAGUGCGGCUGGGGCCUGCCCUUUGAGGGCUGGGUCGCCCGCAUCAUGGCCUCCUUCGCCGCCUCGUACGACCCCGCGCGGGAACGCUGCUGGAUCGCCGAGGACCCCCAGGGCAGCUUCCGCGGCUGCGUCCUGCUCUGCCGGGACGAGGGCGAGGGGGCCCGGAUCCGCGUGCUCCUGGUCGAGCCGGAGGCAAGGGGCCGCGGGCUCGGCAGGCGCUUGUCGCGGAUGUGCGUCGACUUUGCGAGGGAGUGCGGCUACGCCAAGGUGACGCUGACGACGCAGAGCAACCUGGCGCCGGCGAGGCACAUGUACGAGGACAUGGGGUUCCGGUGCUUGCGGACGGGCAAGGCGGAGCACUUUGAGGCCGGAGGGGACUCGCAGGAGGAGACGUGGGAGUUGGAGCUGUAG